AUGGUGACUCGAUCAGAGGUGCGGCAGCAUGCAUCAACUGCGAGCUGCUGGGUCAUCAUUGACAACGUUGCCUGGGAUGUUACUGAUCUGAUCCAAUGGCAUCCUGGUGGUUCCGAUGCCAUUCUGAGAUACGCCGGGAAAGAUGUCACAAAGACGUUCCACGCAUUACAUGCUGCCGAUACCCUCGAAAAGCAUAUGAAACCAAAGUAA